AUGGACUCCGUCAGAUCUGGUCCUUUUGGCCCGAUAACUUCGUCUUCGGUCAGUCUGGUGCUGGGAACAACUGGGCCAAGGAUCAUUACACCGAGAGAGCUGAGCUCAUUGAUUCCGUUUACAGGCUUUGAACUUGUUCUUGCUUCAGAGCUUUUUGUUACCAAUAGCUGGUCUCAGAAAGCUCACCUGAAAAGGGAAAGAAAAAAGAAUAUAUGCCUUCAAUUCUCACUUUUAAGUGUCUUUGGUACAGGAUUUCAAGUUUGUCAUUCUUUGGGAGGAGGUAUUGGAUCUGGAAUGGGAACCCUUCUUAUAUCCAAGAUUGGGGAGGAGUAUCCAGAUCGCAUGAUGUUGACUUUUUCGGUAUUCCCUUCCCCUAAGGUGUCCGAUACAGUUGUUGAACCAUACAAUGCUACCCUUUAUGUUUAUGAGCUUGUUGAGAUUGCUGAUCUCUAUGAAAUCUGCUUCCGCACCAUUAAGCUUGCCACGCCAACUUGA